AAUCAUUCUCCAUUUUUAUUAUUAAAAGAAGUCAGUUAAAAAACAAUUUACACUGAUAUUCUGCAAAAGGAAAACCUAAUAUAGAAAUGAUUUUACGCUUUUUAAUAGCGUUAUGUUCAUUUUUUGUAUUAAUAAAAAGUAAUCUAGUAUUUGGACAAGAAGAUUCGAAAGAAAUAGAGUAUUUAUUUUUUACGCCAAAUCAUGAUGACGUCUACGAUUAUGCGUUCUUUACAACUGAUUUCGAAAGACUAGUUAUUAAAAUUAAAGCUGAAAAUGAUGCUCAUUUAUUAUUUCCCUCAAAUCCUGAUUUUAACAAGUUAAAAACUGGAAGAUAUUACGAAAUUAUUAUUGGCGGUAGCAGAGGAAGGAAACUAUUUAUGAGAAAUGAAACAAGUCAACCAAUCAACGAUUUUAUUCCUAAUUUAUUAGAUAAGAAUAAGUUUUUAACCUACUGGAUUACUUGGUCAAAUAAAACACUUGUUAUUGGAAGGGGUAGUGAAUUCGGUAAAAAUCAAAUAGGUAAAAUGAUUGAUGAAGGGAUUAAAUUUCAAGUUGCUGGAGUUGCUCUAAAUACUGGUUUUGGUUCUGAUGGACAAUGGAAAGUUCUUAAAGACUAUACAAAGGAAGUAUUUUUAAAGACUGGGUCAAAGAGACCAUUAUAUAAAACAAUAUGGAGAAAUUUCAUUCCUGAACGUACUACGCAUACAUUCUAUUUUAGAGUAAAAGCCUGCAGCGAUGUAUUAAUUUUAUUAUCGGAAGAGGAAGAUCAAUUAAAUAGUAUAAGGGAAAUUAUUAUUGGAAAGGAUAAUAUGAAAAGCGGAUUUAGAUUUAAUAGAACUAUGGAUUAUACUUUUAUAUCAACUACACACAUUCUAUCAUGCGAUGAAAAUAGAGACUUUAAUCUCUAUUGGAAUGGUAGAGAAGGUACUUUUGAAUUGGGUUCAUUAAACAAAAGAGGAAAUAUUCUAAGUUGGACGAAAGAUUUUGAUUUUAAACCUAAAUAUGUUUCUGUCUAUUCAUCUGAGAAUAAAACUGCAAUUUGGGAUUUUCCAGAUUCCAGAGGCGAUCAAUGGACCAUUAAAACCGAUAGGGAUACCAUCUCAACAAGUUCAUCCAUCGAUGUACAAUAUAAGACUUUCUUUCCAUUUGACAUACGAUCUUGUAAUACAAAUGUUUCAAUUGAUCUCUUUAAUGAACCAGAUGAGAAAGUAAAGUUUCGAUUGAAAAUUAGCUCUGUUAAUGGAAAAAUAUCCCUAGAUUUAAUGUUUUUAGCCAAUAAUACGGAAUAUAAGAAUCUGUCUUCAGAUACUAACGAAAAGGCGUUAGAAUGUUUUAAAUAUAGAUCUCUAUGGUUAAGUUGGUCUAAUAAAAAUAUUACCUUUGGUAAAGGAUUAGAUGAAGACCAAUUUGUAAUUGCUACUUGGAGUACUGAUGAAAUAUUUCGACCUGAUAAGCUUUAUGUUAGGAAUGUAGAUAAACAACAGGGAGGAUAUAUUCAGUGGAAAUUCGAUAGAGAUAAUGCGCUAGGAGAAAGGAUUCAAACAUUAUCCACACAGAGGCCUAUCUAUGAUGAAGUUUGGUUAAAUGUUAGAUCAAAGAGGCAUUACGUUGUAUUUGGAUUGAAAGGAAAUGCCGAAGCUCUUGUAUUAGCAGCAAGAUGGCAAGGAAUAGCUUCUGUAGAUGUUUACGAAAUAGUACUUGGAUCUCGAAGGAAUACAGGAGUCCAAUUGAGGAAGGGAGAAGUUGUUAUUGAAAGCCGUUGGAUAGAUGAUGGAAUUUUAAUAAGAACUCAACCAACUAAGCCAAAUUCAAAUUUAAUAGACAAAUAUAAAUCAUCAUGGAUUCUUCUCGGUUCAAACAUUGCUGUAUUUUCAAUUAAAACUUGCCACUCUGCUUCCAUAAUUUUAAGCGAACAACUUAAACAAUCUGACAAAAAUUCUUACGAAUUCAUUAUCGAUGAUACCAAUGGAAAAAUAUCAAUUAAAAGAUUUGAGGGAAACGAUAGUGUUAAUAUUACAACAAAAUUAUUUGGAUAUCCAUUAUUGAAUUGUAUGGAACCAAGAAAGUUUUGGAUUAGUUACUACGAUAAGGGUUUCAACUCGUCAAUGUAUACUGUUAAAUUGGGAAGAGGUUCUACGACGUCACAAAAUACUCUUAUCGAAGGAGAUUUUCUAAAGUUAUCAAUUACUGCUGCAUCUUUUGCAACUGGAGAAAGAAACAUUGGUGAAUGGAUUAUUAAUGAACAUAUAGUUUCGUCGUUUUAUCAUCAUUCCUCAAAUCUUAAUUCGUAUGAUAGUUCACCUUGGAUAUCGGUACCUAAUAGAGGAGGCUUAAACUUUAGAGUAAAGUCUAAGGAUAUAGCGUCCUUAGUGAUUUCGACUAAUAGAGAUAUUUCAGAGGAGUCAUUUGCAAAGGAAUUUGAAAUAAAUAAAAGAGGAAGAGUUAAUUACACGUCUGGUGGACUUUUCUUUUUAUCACCUCCUGAUGGAAAUGUUGUAAAGGGUCUUAGUACAGAUAUUCUUUUAUCAGACACAAGCUACUCCGACUAUUGGCUUAUGUGGGACUCUAAUGUACUUUGGGGUGGAAAGGGUCAAAAUGUCGGCUCUGGAGAAAAACUUAAUAUUAUCUUUAAACCAGAUAGAGCAGGUUUAACAUCAAAUAAAAUAGCUUUGUCAUCUAAAAAUAAUACAGGCGAUUGGAUCUUUGACAAUGAUUUGUAUUACGAGGAUGUGGCAUCAAUUAUCAAUUCACCUUUAGCUCCUGCAUUUAAUAUUAUAGUAUCACUCGAUAGAGGUCAAACAGCAAUAAUUGUCGCUGUUAGAUCCUGUAAAGAAGCCUACCUACAACUACAUGAGACAACUGUUGAUAUUCUUAAUGCGUUUACGUAUCAGAUUAUCUUUGGAGGAAAUGAUAAUACAAAGAUACAAAUAUUUAAAGCAAAUAAUUUAGUAAAGGAGAAAACACAGGUUGAUAUGUUAUCUUGCGAUGAAUUCCAUUAUUUUUGGAUAACUUGGUCAGAUAAUAUGCUGAAAGUUGGUCAGGGUCCAAAUUAUGGAGACAGGCAGCUAAUAGAAACGCCGAUACAGGAAAGAGAACAUUUAAUAGCAUAUAGUUUCUUUGCUGAAAAUGCGGUUGAUAUGGCUAUACCUCCGUCCUCUUGGAGGAUUCGAAAAGAAAAAGAUCAUUGGAUAACUGUAGUAACUAAAACCGCUAGACUUGAUGAAUUCUGGUACUCAAUGAAACAUAAAACAUCUUCUAUCUUUAGUGCCAAAAGUUGUCAGGGAAUUCAAGUUGUUUUAAUGAAAUAUAAGGGUAUUGUAAGCAGGGAUUCACUAGUUGUAAAAGUUUCCGUGACAAGAGUUACCCUAUCUUUGAACGGAGUUGUUAUCUUUGAGAAACGAGGAAGAAGAUUUCUCAACUGCUAUAAUGAACAAGCCUUUUAUACGGAUUUUUGGGUGCAAUUUCAAAAGAAAAAAGAAGACGACUCUGAAAUAAUUCUAUUCGGAAAAGGCAGAUCUGUUGGUAGUGUGGUUUUAGCUCAUUACGAGCCCGAUAAGAAACAAUUAUGGAAUGGUAUAAGAGGUAUUGGACUCGCCUCUGGUAUAUACGACAAUACAGUUCAAUGGAAAUUGAAUGGCUAUAGAAAUCCCUACUACUCCCUCUGGACUGGUGUACCUUCAAACAAUUCAAACGUUGUAUACCUAGAUCCCAGACAAAGGAACUAUAUAACAUUUUCUUUGAUGGUUUGUCAAAGCGUUAAACUACUACUUUUGCGGUCACCUCCAUUAAAUACGAAUUCGGAUAGUAUUGAAUUUAGUGUUGGAAAUACUGAUAAUAUUAUCGUACGCUUAUCAGACCAGCAAAAUCCUUAUUUUAUCAGUUCAAAUAUCUUUUUAAGUUGCAAUGUUCAGCAACAGUUCUGGAUAGAAUGGGAAUCUGAUGUUUUAAAAAUUGGUAUUGGAGAGCCAUUCUUAAGAAUUUUGGAUGAUAUUACAGCAAGCAUAACAAAUUAUACUGCUUUUGCAUUGCAAUCCUCUUCUCAAGCAGAUCAAGGACGAUGGUUGUUUGAUCAACAACAAUCCAAUCAUCUCCAACAAUUAACUAAGCCAAAUAUGAAUUUAAGAGAUUUAUGGGUUCCUGUUAAAGAGAAAUUUGUAGUUUUGAAUGUAAUUAGUGAACACAAACUUCAUAUUCUACUUGCCGAAACGUCGCGAAUUUAUGAUAGAAAUGCCUAUCAUAUUGAAAUAUUGAAAACUAAGAUAUCAAUCAGGGAAGGUUUAUGGGGCCAUAUAAAAGCUAGCAGUAAUAUAACAAGUGUACUAAGUAACAAGUGGCCAAGGAGUUUAUGGAUAGCUUGGGAUAGGAGUAACCUAGUUGCGGUUGGGACCGGAGGAGUUCGCCAUGAACAUGUCCUGGUAAAGUGGACUGAUGCAUCGAUAGUAGACAUAUCAUCGGUAACUGUAAGUACUUUUGAAAAUGCCAGAGCAAUCGUAGAUUAUGUCAACGAAGACGGAACAUCCUACCUAAUAACAGCAGAGCAUCAAAAUUUUGAAUAUGCAGGCAUAAUUUUCCCCAAAAAUACUGACCUUUUACAAUUUGAAGUCUCAUCGGAAGAAGCUGCAGUUAUUAAUCUAAAAAAUGAAAGAAUUCAAUCUGACAAGAGCUACGACAUUCGAUUCGAAAAGUAUCAGUUAAUUGUAACGAGCGGUAGCAAUGUUACUAAAUCCGAGAAUAUUCCAUUUAGCCUACAUCCUUAUAUCCUUAGACCAUUUUGGAUAAUAUGGGAUAAAGAGAUAUUAAGCAUAGGUACGGGAAAAUAUUCGGAUGGUCAAGAAAUAUUGACUAUAAAAGAUAGUAUGACUGCUUUUAGCCAUGCUAGAUUUAACGGGAAUAAGACAGAUUGGCGAGUGCCAAAGGAAAAUGCUGCUGAAUUUUUCUCGAGAUCUUAUGUUAAUAAAAUACUGACCUGGAUUGGUUAUAGAUCUUCGAAUAGUCAAGAAUUUAGCGUAAGAUCCGGUCGAGAGAUAUUCAUGAUUCUGACCAGUACACCACUCUCCGAUAGGCCACCAUUUAUUAAAAUUAUCCUGGGAGCAAAUCAAAAUAAGGAAUCCAAGUUUAUUUAUACACAAGCUGACGGCAAGUCUUUUAAUAGAACAUUUCCCCAAUCAAAUGUUAUAAGCCCGAGUCAGAUGAGAAGAUUCCUACUAACAACUGAUGAUAAACGAAUUUUACUCCGUCGAAUGGAUACAAAUCAGGAAAUUAUAUCGGUAACACUUGAAGAUAAGGAUGCAUUUUUCAUGAACUCUAUUGGAAUAUCUGGAUUCGCCCAAUGGCGGUUUCAUAAUGACCAACUGCCCCCAUCCAUAUCUACUACACCUAGAACCACUCCGAAUCCAAACACCGUGACAAAACCCUCAGAUAUCCCAACAACAGAGAGUCCAAUAUUUAAACCAGAUGAAAAUACAAUCCUUCUUGAGACCAAAUCGUCAAUGUACACAAAUGUUUCUAUGGUUUCAAAUGCUUUCUAUGGAUCUAUAAUGUCGUGCAAUCAAACAGAAAUGAUUUUGGCUCGUUUUCCUAAAUUUUUAGAGCGCGACUAUGUAAAAAUCAUAUUUAAUAUGGAUUUUAUUGAAAUAAUUUGUCCUGGAUGCGAACUAAACAACAAAACCUACAACGAAUCUAAUAUGUUUAGUUGUACUAAUUCACUGAAUUUCUGGAUAAAACAUGAACAGUUGUCAAGUAUAAUGAUAGGACGAGGAAGAAUCAUUGGACAGGAUAUACUAAUUAAUUUGAAUGCUAGACUUCCUUACGAACUAAAAGGGAUCGAAUUACGUAGUAGUAGUUUAGCUAAAUGGAGAUUUCAACGCUCAUCUAUUAUGGAUGUUGAAUUCUUAUCCAAGGAUGGAGUCACUUCCACAAUAUAUGAAAAUCAUAGAUCCUUUUUGAUCUUUGCCGUAAAUUUUCAACUUCCGAAUGAAGCGUAUGUCCGUCUUACGACUGAUACUGCAAAUGGCCCUCUCAGUUAUCGAUUCAACAUAUCGAAAGAGACUGUUCAAGUCAACUUUCAGGACGAAAUCGUAGCAAGUGCGCGAAUAAAUCUCUAUGCGUAUAGAUAUCCUUUAAAGUAUAUGUGGAUAUCAUGGUAUAACAAAGUUUUAAGAUUUGGUCGUGGAAGCAUUGUCGGUGAUGGAGUGAUUUUAACAACUGAUAUCGCUCAAAUACCGCAAUUUUCCAGAUUUCAUUCUUUUAACUUCUACAGUAAGGCAACAAGUAGAUGGAGGUUUACAAACUACAAUGAUGGAGAUCUUAUGAUAUCUACGAGAGAAAGGUCGUCAUCUUCAAGAGCACCUUAUGGUUUGACUGGUUUAAAUGCAGGAUUUAUCUGGAAAGUUUUAGGUUGCUCUGAUGCAACUAUCGAAUUUAAAGCAUAUCCUAAUUCAGGAACUUACGGAGUACACAAGAUCAAUUUAGCUCCUGAAGGUGAUACAGAAAAAGUGCGCAUUGAUCUUAUGAACUCUAUUGGAGGUGGUGUUGUUAAGAACGUUAAUACUUCCAUUAGCUCAGUGCUCAGUUGCUAUUCUCUAAGAUCGUACUGGGUUCAUCUUUUAAAUGGGACUUUUAUUAUGGGAAGAGGUGAAGAAGUGCUAAAAAAUGAAAUUUUAAGGUUACAUGAACAAGGAGCAGGAGCCUCUUGGAAGGAAGUUAGCAUCGGAGCUCGAACAGCGGGUCAGACUUUCGAUAUAUUAUAUAUCUUCUCCAAAACACUUUUAACUGAUUUUCAAUUUGAAACAAGAACUAAAAAUCAUAUAAAAGAUUAUUGGAUAGCAGCAAACGAACAACUUUCCUUCUCCGUUCUAGCUUGUGGAAAUGUUAGACUUAUUUUAUCACCUUUUCCAAGAACUGUAUCCCCAAAUUCUAUUGCAAUUAUAAUUGGUAAAAGGGAAAAAAAUGAUACUCUCAUUGAAAUAGGUGAUGUAGGUCGGAGAAAUGUUACUAGUAUCGUAGUUCCUGAUGAUAUAUUAGUAUGUUUAAAUCCGAGUGCAUUCUGGAUUCAUUGGAAUAACGGACUAGUACGUUUAGGGAAAGGAUAUGUUCUGGAAGAAAGUUUUCUUUUGGCUCACGAUAUAUCCCAUAUACCGGAUUCAACGGAAGUGAGAAAUGUUGGAAUGUCGACUGAUAAAGUUCCCUACGGAGAAUGGCAUAUUAAAACAUAUUCAGAAACACCUAUGUACAAAUAUAUCACUCAUUCAAGAACCACUUUUAAAGACAACUUCUUUAGAUUGCCGAGUGAUUCAAAUCAACUGAUAUUUCGUAUUAGAGCUGAAGCUAAUGCUUUCAUAAAUCUAUCCGAAGAUACUCCAGGCGAUCCGGGAAAAGCUCACUCCGUUCAAAUUGGUAUAAGCGUAAAUAAUAGAAUAUGUACAAUAGGAGAAGUUGGACAAGAUCCAGAUUCUAAAAACACCGGUAGAAUUAUAGAUUCAUUUAGAUUUGUUCAAUUUUGGAUUCAGUGGAAUUCGAAAAUGAUUGAAUUUGGAUUUGGAAGUGAUUUCAAUCAAAUGACUAUAAUGGCUUAUAAUAUGAAGACAGAGACUGAUUUGGAUCUGAUUUCUUUUAGAACAGAAUUAAAUAGAGGAGAAUGGUUUAUACCUUACAAUUUAUUUAGGAGCUCUAUUUUUAAGACUGUAAAGGCUGUGGAUUCUAAAUUGUAUGAUAAUAUUUGGAUUCGUCCAAGAGAAUCAGCAUUAACUUUUGAGGUACAAUCCGAAAGUGAUGCUACUGUCUUACUAUCGCCUGCUCGCAACUUUAGUAGACAGAAUGACUAUGAAUUGACAUUUGGAGCUGAAAACAAUACGCGAACAAUUUUAAAGCUGUUGAAGGAUCACUCUAUUCUGAGUAAUAUCUCUACUAAGAAUAUUUUAAGCAGUAAUAAGUUCACUCCUCUCUGGAUAAAUUGGCUAAGACAACAGACCUUAGGCUUUGGACGCGGUCUUAUUUUAGAUAAGUCUAUAAUUGAUGAAUGGUCAUCCAACGAAUCAAACAGUCAUACUAUAACGGAACUUUCAUUUUCUUCUCUAAAUCAAGCCGAUUGGCUAACAUUUAGAGAUGUAGGAAAGAUGAUAAAACUUAGCUUUCAAAAUACAGAGGCACUCUACCCGCUAAGAAAGAAUAUUGUUCUUGUUAUACGUUCAUGCUCUGAUUUAGAGAUAAAGCUAAGAUCAAUUGAUGAGGAAGAGUUUAAAGUUAUUUUUAAAAUAACCCAAUAUGAUGUUACUAUUAACGGACAGUCGAUAACAACAACGACUAGAGACUAUCCUGGUUUACUAUCGUGUUCUGAGCCGGCUCCAAUAUGGCUUGAUUGGUCGGGAUCGCAGCUGGCAAUUGGAAGAGGAACAGUUGUCUUACAACAAGUUGUCCUAACAGCUACUUGGACAAAAAAAUCAUUGGAUAUUAUAAAAUUUGAAUCGGCGAAUGAUGGAAUUUAUAGUGUAAUGAGGUCGUUAGUUUAUAAAGUGAUAGCUAGAAUAAAGAAAAAAAAGACCUUCUCAAUUUCUGUACCUGGAGAGAAUUUUAUAGAGUUGAAGGUACAAUCUGGCGAGGAAUUUAAUGUUAUCCUUUCACAUAUUCCAUCUUUAUUGAAAUCAUCUUCGUAUAGAAUCCGAUUUCAGCGUUUUCGUGUUGAAAUUUAUAAAAAUGAACAACUAAAACGAUUUGGUCCAUUUUCGUUUGUUUCAUCGAAUCGAUAUAGAGAUAUUACUAUUGGUUGGGAAAAUGGUCUUAUACAAGUUGGAAUUUCAAAGACGAUACCGUUAAUUUACUGGCAAGAUUCUAAUCCUUUACUUGUAACAGAGGUGUCUGCUUAUUCGAAGAAUGGACUCUUCAUAUUCAGUAAGGCAGGAGUUAAUACAGUUCAUGGAUAUGUUGAAUCCCGAGAUAAAGGCAAUAGAAUUGUUCUCAAUGAAAAUCAAGAUAUUUGGAGAUUUGACGUAGCAGCUUGUGAUGAUGUCUCCAUCAUAUUAACAAGGGGAGAUUUGUCAGAUGAUAACAUUGAAAUUCGAAUAGGAACGAAUGAUAAUCUAAAUACUGAAAUAAGGAGAACUGUUGGAGGAGAAGUAAUGAAUAGAACUGUAACGCCGAAUAUCCUCAAAUGUGAACGUCUAGAUGCAUUUUGGCUGUCAUGGAGAGGUGGUUUAAUUGAAUUAGGACAGACAAAUAAAAAUAAAGUUUUGGUAUCAUGGAAGUCUGAUUUAAAUAGAAAUCAUCGAUCUCUUCUAUUAAGGAUUCAUUCAAAAAAUUCUGUUUCAUCCUAUUGGCAAUAUACAUACAACAAUGUUCAAUUAAUAUCAUUUUCUGCUCAUCAGAGAUUUUAUUCCUGGACAUGGAUAAUGGUAAAUGAAAGACGGAACUUUGUAUUUUCUGUUAAAGCGUGCACUGGUGUUAUCUUGUACUUGAGUCAAGAAGAUAGAAUCCAUUUUAAAAAUUCUCUGAGAUUAGAAAUUGGUACCUCUUCCUCCAAUGAGGCGAAGUUAUUUCGUGUAGAUAACAGUACGGCAAUAGCAUCUUCUUCAAAAAAAUCUUUACUAUUCUGUGCUGAUUAUAGAACAUUUUGGAUUGAAUGGAAUGAUUCAAAGUAUUUUGGCGUUGGUCAAGGAGGAGAAAUUGGAAAGAAUUUAAUAUUAGAGGCUAAUAAUCACGAAAUACCAAUCCAUUCUUUAGGUUUCGCCAACAAAAAAGAUAAAAUAGACUACGAAAUUGUCAAUUCAUUCGGCAACACUUUAAAUAUCGCUCCAGUUGAUUCAGAUAAAUCUGAUUUUAUUCGAAUGAACGUAACAGAAUCAAAAGUAAAAUUUGGCGUAAGAGCAUGCAACGAUGCAAAUAUACGAAUGUAUUCAAAUUUUGAGAUUGAAAAUUCAACUUUCGAAGCCAAUUUAGGAAUUGAAAAAAACACCAAAACUUCCUUACAAUCAACAAUUGAAAGAAAAGUAGAAACAACUCCAAAAAUACUCGAUUGUGAAAUUGAUCGUCUCUUUUAUAUUGAAAAUAAUGGAAAUGAGACUACUAUAUUCAAAGGAGAUAAGAUGAUAUUUCUUAGUAAAGUUAAGGAUCGCAGUGAAUUUAAAUCAGUAUCAUUUGGUGUAAGAGAUAAAAGAGCUAUAUAUUCUAUAAGCUGGGAUGGAGAAACUGCUGCUCGUGUAAAUACUGUUGGCGAUAAUAAUAGAUUAGGUCAAGUAUGGAUUAGUACAUUGGGAAAAAAUAGUAUCGUCUUCUACGUACAAACAUCAAAAUCUAUUAAUCUUUUUGCAACCAACAUUCCAAACUUUUACGAAGAUUUAUCGUAUAGAAUAUCAAUUACAAGAGAUGAAGAGAGUAAGAUAGAAGUCUUUCAGAGGAUGAUUAAAAGCCCAUUCGAAAAAUUACUAUGCAUUAAGGAUACACCUCCACUUUUGGAUGAAAACAAAAUAAGAAGUUUCUGGUUUGAAUGGCAUCAUAAAGAAUUAUCAUUGGGAGUUGGUGAAGUAACAGGAGAAAAUACGAUAUUAAAUUGCAGUAUUAACAAUGCAAAUGCCGUUAACGCCAUCUCUUUUCAUUCUUCAUCCACAAAUGCAACAUGGUAUUUUGGUAAUAGCUCUGUACCAGUUGAUAAUUCUCCCAUCCCAACAUUACCACCACUACCAAAUAUAAUGCAAGACAACCAAAUCUAUGCAAUUACCUCGAAUGGAAGAGAAAAUGGCUUGGCCGUAUUUACUGAUCAAAAUUCCCUCGUAUUUGAGGUUCAAGCUUGCAUGAAAGCCAUUAUUGAAAUGGCCAGAGUAUCAGAUGGUUUUCAAAGACAAGAAUAUGCAGAAAUAACCCUGGACUACCUUCCCGAUAAGGCUAGAAUUGAAAUACGCACAAAUAAUAACGGUAAACGUGAAGAUAUUACAACUGGUAACCUGUUGGAUUGUGACAUAAGCAAGAAAUUUUGGAUAACUUGGGGUUCGACUAAAAACGGAUCUGAUUAUACUGGCUAUCUCAGAAUGGGGAAAGGAGUUGACGUUGGAGAGGAAGAAAUAUUUGAAAGACUGCAUCCGUUUUUCAAAAGUUUAAACUUCUUUCAAUUAUAUGGAAAGGAAAUAUCUGAUGGAAAAGGAAUUUGGAGAGUAUUAGCAAAUUCAGCAAGAUCAUUUAAAAAGAUGACCAAUACAAACUUUCAACGAAACGUAUUUCAACAAUCUGUCUAUGACACAAGGGAGUCUGUAAUUGGAGUUCAAGCCAGUAAAGAUGCUUUUAUUCUUCUGACCGAUGAAUGGACAUCUCAGUCUGUUUUAUUUGAAAUUGGGAUAAAUGUUAAAGAUUCAAAUCUAGUUUCCAUAGAAGAUAAAAGAACAGGAAUUACAGUAAAUACCACGGAAAGACAUUUAAUUUCUGAAAAUAAGACUGAAUACUUCUGGUUCAGAUGGGAAAAAGGAACGGUAACAAUUGGAAAAGGCUACAAAAUUGGGCAAAAAGUUCUUUUAAUUCAUGAUAAAGGUGACACCGCCAGUGUAGUUGGGUUUGGUUUGGCAACAAAGGAUACAACCGGAUUAUGGACUAUUCCUAAUGAUUUAAAUCAAGACUAUACUAUAAGAAAUCCUAAUGAUAAUGAAUAUCGGCAUUCCUUAAUCACUCAUAUUGUGAAAACUCACAUAGAAUUUUCAAUUAGAUCCAUGUCAGGCUCAAAAGUUAUGCUUUUACCAUACGAACCUCAACCACUUCAUUUGGGACCACUAAAAAAGUUAAAUAAUAGCUAUGAAAUUGUAUUCUCUCCAUUGGGAAAUAAUUCUAUAGGGAUAAAAUUGGCUGGAUCGUCGCAAUAUCUAGGUCUACAAAGUUUUAAAUCAUCUAUUUUAUCGCCUCAAACAUUAAGAAAAUUUUGGGUAUCAUGGAGUGAUUCCCAUCUUCGAGUGGGCUCAGGUGCUUAUCCAAACAAUGAAGCUAUAAAAGUUGCAAGAAGUUCGGUAUCUGUAAACUCAAUUUCCUUCGCCAGUGAUGCACCGACCAAUGCUUCGUUAAAUGAAAUUCGUUUACCUGUAAAUUAUGUUCCAGCUUUGGAUAUUUUCAAUAAGGAAAGUCCAGUAGUAUAUGAUAAAAUAUGGAAAAACCUGAUUGGAAAGAAAGAUAUUGUCUUUACUAUUCGAACUUGUAAAAGAUUUUCAAUUGUCCUGAGUGAAUUCGCAGUUGCAAAUGAUCAAGCGAUAGAAAUUGUGAUAACUUCUGGAGGGAACUCGGAAAUAAGAUCAGGAGUUAAUGGAGCGAUUAUUCUUAGAAGAGAGGUAGGUAAUGUCCUUCAGUGUUCUGCUUGGAAAACUUUCUGGUUAAGUUGGAGAAGGAGGUAUGUUGCACUUGGACUGGGGCCUGAUCCAGGUUAUGAAACCUUAUUAAAUACAAGACAUAUAAACAUUACACGGAUAACGGCAGCCAGUUUUGAUAGUCCGGAAGAGAUAUCUUGGAAAUUUGACGAACAGGAGGAAGAUAUCAUGGAAAUAUAUUCGCACAGAGAUCUAGGCGAUAGAAAUUCAUAUCAUGAUAUCUGGUUCAGUACUAUUAGAAAUGAAGUUGAAUUUUCGGUUAGAAGCUGUAAAACAGUUCGAAUUGCGAUAACAGAUGAUCCUCUUCUAAACGAAUUAAAAAAAGCUACUCAAGUUAUAAUCAUGAAUGAUAAAGUAGUGUUCAGAGAUCGAGAGGCUAACAAAACUAAAUCAAUUUCAAAUGUUAUCAAUUGUAGGGAGUUUAGAACCCUAAUUAUUCAGUAUAAGCCAAUAACUCAGGAGUUAAUUCUUAAAGCACAACAGUCUAAUCAAAUCAUUCUAAAAGAGAAAAUGAAAUACGUAGAAAUGAAUUUUAUCCGAAUAGGAUCGGACGAAGAUGCACAAUGGAGAUAUUCAAAAUCUCAGGGAGUGGUUCAUCAAGUUAAAACAACUUCUUCGACUAUUUGGCAAGUUUUACGUUGGAAUAUCGAGAAAAGAAGAUCUAUGGUAUUUGAUGUCAUAGCUUGCGCUGAUGCUCGUAUGGGCUUUUAUUCGACCAUAUUACAAGGAGUUGUUACAACUGGAUUUACAGUUAUUUUAGGUGAUGAUGGUAAUAGAAAAAUCUAUGUAAAAGAGCAAAAUAGUAUAAUAGGAGAAGCAGAAUUUAAAGAAGAUCUUCUUAAUUGUAAUUUAACAAGGCGUUUUUACGUUAGCUGGUCAAAACAUGAAAUUCUUGUUGGAAGAGGAGAUAUCAUAGGAGCAAAUACUCUUGUAAAAGCCAAUAGACGGCAAAAAGAUACUAUACGAUAUUUGUCGGUUACAUCUGGUACGCUAGCAGCCCCUGUUGAUACAAUAAUAUGGAGAUUUAUGGAUUUUGAAGGCGAUGAGUUUACAUUCCCAAAUACAAUUGGUCCGUCAAACGAUCGUACAACUAUAAACAUAGCUAUACCACCUCAUAGGCUUUCGAUGGACUUUAAGCUUCUAUCUUGUAGAGGUGGCGUUCUGAAUUUACAUGAAUCUGACGAAUUUAGUGUACCAAAUUAUCAAAUAAAUAUCAACAUGGAGGGAGAUGGACUACUCCGAUUGUAUAAAAGGAAAUCGCAAAAAUUGGAACUAUUAGAUGAGACUGUAGUUGAUAAUCUCGUCACCUGCUCCACAGCAAGAUCAUUUUUUGUAUCUUGGAAAGAUGGAUUAUUUAUUAUCUCAUCCUCAAUGAAACAACAUGGCGAUACAAUUUUCAUUGAAGUGAAAGAUUCUUCUCCUUUACCAAUAUUCUUUUCACAAUUACGUUCAGAUCAGUCGGAUAGAAUAUCAUUUUAUCAAUUACAGCGAACAGUAGCUCAGGAAAUAACGUUUAAAAGGGAUUUAUCUACAGCAGAGAAGGACUUAGGUAGUUGGUUCACUCCAUCAACAAUGACUAAAUUGGUAUUUGGAUUAAAAAGUUGUAACCGAGUUAGCAUCAUAUUUGCACCUUUUGUCGGAAUUUUACGAUAUCAGACUUACGAAUUGAGAAUAGGUACAUCUUCCAAUCGAUAUACAAUAUUCCUUCGGCACAGCGAUAAAAGUACAACAAUUGCUAGUCAAUCAACGCCUCGUAUUCUUGAUUGCAAUGAAAUGCGUUAUUUCUGGUUGGAAUGGAAGUACAACGCUAUCUCCUUUGGAAAAGGAACAAUUGUAUCACAACAAAGAGUUAUAGAAUUUCGUUCAACUGAAAAUAUGGACAUUAAAGCUCUAAGAUUUGCUUCUCCAACAAGUUACACCUUUAAAUGGAUGCAAUUUAACAGCGAAGUUCAUAGAAUACAAACUACGAAUGACAACGACGGUCCAUUAAUUGUUCCGUUUAAUAAAAAUUUGCUUAUCUUUCAACUUGAGGCCGAUUUAGGAGCGAGUAUAGAAUUAGUAAAUAUUUCGGACAGUACACAAUCUUUGGCUCAAGCAAUUAUUGGAAAUAGCAACAGUGAUAACUUAAUCAUUAAAGUUCAUGGUGUUACCAACGUUACGGCUAAUAUUCCAGGACUUAUUGCCUUAAAUAGAUAUAAAACAUUCUGGAUGUCUUGGGAUAAAGAUUCUAUAAGAUUGGGCAGUGGAGAACCGUACGAGAAUGAAAUAGCAAAAACCUUAUUCGGUCUUGAGGAUGCAACUGGAUAUAUUUUGAAAACUAUAUAUGAAACCUACGCUUCCAGAUGGCUAAUAUUUCCAUCCGACGUUAAUUUUUUAAUGGCGUACGGUGGGAAAAAUCGAAUUUUUGGUAGUAUUUGGUUAGGGGUAACAACAUACGAUUCCUAUUACUUUUCGGUAAAGGCUAAUGAAUAUGCAAAGUUGAAUUUAGCAUCAAUUAUUGGCAAUAUAAAAGAAAGGGAUUAUACUAUCACCAUUGGAGCUGACAGUAAUCGUAAAAUAGAAAUUGCGUAUAAAAAUGAAAUAAAGGAGACAAGAUUUUUCAAUAAUCCAUUAAAUUCUUUAACUGAAACUUCAUUCUGGUUGAGCUGGGUUGAUGAAAAUCUUUCGUUAGGUUUUGGUACUUCAAUUGGAAAUUAUCAACUUAUCUCUUGGAAAAGAGAUAAAGAUGAUAUAAUUCCAAUAAAUGGAAUAGCAUUGGGAGCUGGAAAAGAUAAACCUAUAGAUAACAGCUGGAAAAUAAUUCGUCCAGAUUACGGUGAAGUUGUUGAUGUUUUCACUCCGAACGUAUACAAUUAUGAUAAGACAUGGUUCAUGCCGCAAAAGGAGUAUGUAGAAUUUGGAGUUCAAAUUUGUCACGAUGCCCACAUCGCUCUCAGUCAGGAAGCAGGUGUAACGAAUAAAAACACGUACGAAAUAGUAUUGGGUGGUGGGCGAAAUACAUUCUCAGAAAUUAGAAGAAGGCGUCAGGGCUCAACAGCUGUUCAUGUAAGAACUAGAAAUAUAGUAAAUUGUUAUGAAAUGAGGAAAUUUUGGAUAAAAUUCUCUAACUCCGAACUAUCAGUUGGAGCUGGAAGCUAUAAAAAUAAUUCUGAACCUUUUAUGGCACAUAACGUUAACGCCUCUCUUAACAUACCAUACAUAUCCUUCUCAGCUGGAUUUGGUAACGAUGGAAGAUGGCAAAUAGCUCAAGAUGACAUUCGAUGGAUGCAAACAAGCACAAAGAAGAAUGAACUUGUAAAGUAUGUUGGUGUAACAAGAGUAGCCAGAGAACUCGUACAAUUUGGUGUAAAAGCUUGUUCGGAAGCUCAAAUAUCUUUGUCAACUAUUCCAGGUGAAACAAAAACCCUGACUUAUUCAGUGAGAAUGGGCUAUGAUAAUCAAGUUCAAGUUUUCAAAGAUCUUACUCUAAUUAAAUCAGUGAAUUAUGAAAGGUUCUUAGAAUGCGAUCAAUUUAUACCUAUUUGGAUAUCAUGGGAUGGGGCCAAUAUAAGAUUAGGCAGAAGCGAAGAACCUGGAGAUAAUAAGGUUAUUGAAGCAUUUUUAGGUGAACAGGCGAACGUUAACGGUCUCUCGAUGAUUAGCAAUGUUGAUGCGUCAUGGGAAUUUUUAUUCGAAAAUUCUACUUCUCAACUUCCUCCAACUUUACCUCCAGUAACGCCUAUUCUACCAGAGGGUGAAUAUCUUGAGCUUCAAAGUCCCAACAUUUAUCUUUACGGAAAAAGUAGUUUUACCGUGUCUGAAGAAUAUAUCACUUUCUUUGUCCAGGCUAAAAAUGAUGCAUUCCUAGCUUUAACAUCAAUACCCGGAGACUACGAGAUCGCAGCAUAUGAAAUCUUAAUAGGCGGAGCAAAGAAUACAAAAACAGAGAUAAGACCGGGAAUAAUGCAACCAGCUGUUAGAUCUAAACAAACCCCGAGAAUAUUAAAUGAAACCACGCCCAAAGCUUUUUGGAUAUCUUGGAGAGAUAACAUAGUUCAAGUGGGCGAAGGAACAGAAGUUUUCAAAAAAACUAUAAUAACUUGGUUCAAUCACAGACAACAAACCAUAAGAUCAGUUGGAAUCACAACAGGAUUUGGUAGUACUGGAAAGUGGUAUUUCCCAAGAGAUAUGCCAUUAUAUACUGAACUAUCUAGAAAAAUGAACGACGUAGCAUUCAGUAUGAAGUCAACUUUCAAACAUUGGAUUUUAUUUGCUGUAAGAGCAUGCCAAAACGUAGAAAUAACCUUUGGAAGAACAAUAGAUGAUGGAGGUGUUUAUAUUCUGUACGUAGGUAGGAACAAUGAGAAAACUGAACUAGAAGAUGUAGCUGGUAAUAAAAAGCUCGUGUCUGUAAGUACACCUAACAUAUUAAGUUGCACUGAGAAGAGAUUUUUUUGGAUUAGCUGGAUAGAUCAGAUAAGUUUUGGUACUUCUUCAACAAUAAAUGAAAAAGUUGUACUUGAAUGGGGUCAUUCCUUAUAUAAUAUUACAUCGGUUACAGCUAUUAGUUCGGAUGAUAAAGAAUCCGAAUGGGCCAUUGAUCAUUUCACUUCAUCGACGCUCAGUGUUACUGGAACGUCUGGAUUUUCAAUGUCUAUGCAAAAGCGUCCCUGGUUUAGUUUCUUAGUCAAAUCAUGUGGAAACGCCCAACUUGAAUUUAAAGUAGAUAAUGCAACAGAAAAAGAAACGUCACAUAAACUUAUUUUCGGUACCGAUAGAAACAGCAAGACAGUUUUAAAACGUAUAAACGGUAAUUCGGAGGUGAUUCUUGCUCAAAACUCUACAGAUAAAAUAUUAGAUUGUAGUGAAUAUAGACCUUUCUGGGUAUCGAUUAUUGCUAAAGAUAGGGAUAAGAAGAGAUGGAUCGUGGGAAUAGGAACAGAUAUAGAACAAAACAUAAUAAUAGAUGUUGACGAAGAGUUCCCACUUGAAGUCACUGAUGUUCAAAUUGCACCUGGCUUUAGUUAUUGGCAGUUUGAAAGGCGAUCGGAAAGGAGUUUAAUGUGGAAUUCUGGAAGAAUUAAAAGUUUCAAUCGAGUACAGCUGCACACUGUUAAUAGAGAUUCAAUUGUGUUUGAUGUUUUCACCACAAAAUAUGUUUAUCUCUUGCUGGAGGAAUACGCAAGAGUUCCAUCUUACAGAUCAUAUCAAGUGUCAAUAGGAGGUACUAGAAAUGAAGUUAUUGAAGUUAGAAACGGUAUAUCUGGACCAGUUUUACAUUCAGUUCCAGGAAAUCCCAACCUUGUGUCUAGUCAGAGAUGGAAUAACUUUUGGAUAAGCUGGAAAAAUGGUUUUCUCGAAUUUGGAAAGGGUACUAAGGUUGGAGUAAGAAAACUAAUGUCCUGGAAGAUGGCACCGCUCUAUAACAUCAGAGUAGUUUCUUUUUCAACUGGACAUGGCUAUAUGGGAAAAUGGCGAUUACCUCCAAUUACUGAUGGGGAACUUAUAUCCACAAGAACUCAUAAUAGCUAUCAUUUAGAUAGAUUCGUGAUGAUACCCCUCCAACCAUAUAUAGAACUAUCUGUCACAGCUGGUUAUUCAAUACUACCCUUCAGUUCUCCCGUUUGCCACAUAAGUUUGAUUGAAAAUCCUGAAAAUAUAACCGAUCGUUAUUAUUUAAUAACAAUGAAAAGCGCUGCAUUCGGUGGUUCAUACGUCAAAGUACAAAAGAUAAUCGAUGGCAAAGUUAUAAAAGACCACAAUGAAACAGUUAAUUUGGUAAAUUCACAGGAAAUGAAGAAAAUUUGGAUAAGUUGGAAGAGUGGAGUUAUUAAGUUGGGUAGGGGGAGCUGGGGGUCUAAGGAAGUUAUUACUUUUGAUGAUUCUGAAAAUUGGAUUAAUACUAAUGCUUUAUCGUUUACUGGAGAUAUAUUUUCGCCGGCAACUUGGCUGAUAUCUAAACAUCUCUCCUCUGAGGUUUAUUCAUAUCAAAGUCCAAAUUCAUAUUUGCCAGAUACACACCUCACUGCUCCGUCUGAUAAGACAUUUUUAUUCUCGGUAAGAUGUAGAUACGGAGCUAGACUUAUCUUAUCACAAACUGCCACAAAUACUAGAGAAGUCAUUUAUGAAAUAAUAAUUGGUGAUUAUAUAAAUACUGUGACAAGAAUUCGCAGGAAAAAGGAGAGAUUCACUAAUAUUGAAGAAGUUCGAACACCCACACCAAACAUCUUAAGUGAUGAAGAGAAACGUCCUUUCUGGUUAAGUUGGAAACACGAUAUAGUAUCUUUUGGAAGGGGUCAUGUUGUAGGAAGGGAAACAGUGAUAGAAUUCAUUGAAAGCUCCAAUGACAUGCUCCCAAUUAACUUUUUAUCACUAGCUUCAAAUGGGAUUGUAAAGGCUGAAUAUUUCUUUGGAACCGACCAAGAAAAAAUCUUUGGAUUACAAUCACCUGCAGUUUAUGAUCAGUAUAAUAAUCAUCGUUUGAGAAUAGACAAUACGAAACAGACCCUCUUCUCAAUACGUUCUUGUUCUCAGAGUCAUGUAGGAAUUUUUCAAAAAGAUCCUACAAGAGCUCGACUUGAACUGGAAAUUGGUGCCAAUGGCAAUAAGGAUACAAUUCUUAGAGACCUUCAAAGCAAUCGGGAACUAAAGGAAGAAGUUACUCCGGAUAUUCUUAAUUGUAGAGCGUUUACAAAAUUCUGGCUAAGUUGGAUAAAUGAUUUGAAAUUUGGAGUUGGCGAAAUAUUCUAUGAAAAUACAAUUUUAACUUGGACUCCAACAAACAAUAACUUUUUAAGCGAAUUUACUGAAUUAGCUUUCUCUGGUGAUCGAAGGUUCGAGGCUGAAUGGAAAAUUCAUUCAACAUCUAAUUAUCAACUACUGGCCAAGACGCUAUCAGAUAUCAAUGCACUACAAACAUACGUUACUGUACCUAUAAUAAACGUUUUGAAUUUUGAGGUCAAAUCUGAUGAAAUUGUUAUGCUAGGCCUCCAUCAAUGGUUAGGAGUUUCAAUGGGAAUGUAUAAAUUAUCUCUUGAAAAGAAUGCUAUAGAAUUAAAAGAGAGUUCAAAUACCUUGAAGAGGAUAGAUAUUGAUAACGACCAAUUGAUAUCGGCAGAUGAACGUCGGCCGUUCUGGAUUGAAUGGACGAAGACUAGGAUAAGUGUGGGAAAAGGAGAGUCUGUUGGGGGUGAUUUAAUUCUUAAUUACAACUCAAGUGUCCGAGAUAUAAAAGCCAUUUCUCUAACAUCGACUAGAAAUGACGCUGAUUGGUUAAUAGAUAAAGAAUCUAUAUCACCCUUUCACACAAUAAUAGCAUCAAAUACGUUAGAAUAUAAAAACGGUUGGAUUAUUUCAUCAACAAAUAGUCUGGAAUUUAGAAUCAGAGCUAAAAGCGAUGCGUACAUUGCUCUAGCUGAAGAAGUUGGAGUAGUUCCACCAAAUCCAUCGACAACCUACGAAAUCAUUAUCGGAAAAGACAAUCAACGAAGCGUGAUAAGGAGAAGUAUAAAUUCUACCGAUUUAGAGGAAAACCAAACUCCUAAUAUUCUGAGUGAUACGCUAUAUAAAACAUUCUGGCUGUCAUGGGAGGAAAACAAGAUUCAAUUAGGUAUAGGAAAUCGAGGAGUUUCUCAGCCGAUAAUAACUCUUAGAAAUGCGACAAGACGUGUGAGAAGCGUUCACUUUGCCAUGAGUACUUCCUGUCAAGAUAUUUGCACUGGAAAAUUUCGAUUCGAGAAGUAUAAGGUCAACUCUAUUACUGUUCAUACACCUGACUCGUCAGUUUAUUCAAGAUAUUGGGCUAGUAUUGAAAAUAACUAUGCAAUCUUAAAGGUAUCGGCUGAAAGGAAUGCAAUAAUUCUUCUGAGUAACGGUGAAGGUAUCUCUGGAAAUUCUUCUUAUGAACUUUCUUACGGUAGCUUUGAUAAUAGUGCACUUAUGAUAAAAGAGCAGGCUGAUAGUUUUUAUUAUCCUUUCGAUAUUAAAAUUCUAAAUAGUCCAAUACCGACUACAAUAUGGAUUAAAUGGGAUAAAGAAUCGAUAACUUUGGGUAAAGGAGGUGUUUUAAAUUCGAACGUAUUUGUUCAGCAUUACUUCCGUUAUCCACCAAUUGUUGUCAGAGCAAUAAGCGUUAAAACUGAAGAUAAUGAAGGAAUUUGGAAUUUAAACAAUCUGGAAGAAGAUCAACUAGUUUCUAAAACAUCAAAAUCUAAGAAAAGUGGUCCAUACGAAGUAAAGACCAAGUCAUUAACAACAAAAAUAAAGACAUGCUCACAAGCAAACAUUACUUUUACCGAUAAAGAUUCAAAUAUUAUGGCAUCAGCUAUUUUGAAUACUUUUGAUCAUAAAAGUAUACUCUUUGUAAGAAAAAACAAUGUAUUAGCGGAAGUCAAGAAAGUGCAAACUCCGAAUUUAUUCACUUGUGGAGAAAAACGCCUGUGGAUGACUUGGUCUAAAGGACUACGUAUUGGCUACGGAGAAAUUAAUCAAAAUCUAUUUUUAGCGUAUACAUCAAAGUCACUGUUAUCAUUUUCUAACGACAUCGCAACUAUAACGUCUGCUGAUUUGAUAACUAAUUCAGAUGCUGUAUGGACAACUUCAAGAAGCGAAAUUAAUUAUGUGCAAUUCUCAAUCAACGACAAAAGCUCUUAUAGCAAUCAAGAAACAGUUCGAGUUAGCGGAAGAAAUAAUAUUAUCGCUUCAAUUAAAGGUUGCAAAAAUGCUUUCGUAGCUUUAGCAAACUAUGAGAACAACUUACAAAAUAAUACUUACGAAGUGGCUAUUGGCAUCAAUGGAAAUUCACGAUUAGCCGUACGUUCAAGUAUUGGAGGACGCAACGAAGAUUCUAUAAUUGGAAAUUUCUUAGAUUGUCAAAAGUGGAAGAAUUUUACAAUUAAUUGGAACUUUACUCAAACUCUUCAAAGCGUUGAGUACAGGCUACAAGUGCAAGGAAAUUCAGAUGGAUACUUAAUAGAUUGGAAAAUUCCUAGUAAUAAAGUUCACGAUGUAAACGUUAUUAGAUUUACGUCAGAAGACGCUCAAUGGAGAUUUUACACGGAUGAUGAAUAUAUUUCUGGACCAAAUAAAACUGAUCCAAGGCCGACACCUUUAGUGACUAAAGCUACAACUUUAUCUAUGGAUUUUACUACACAAGAUCAAACAUCUGCAACAACACCUACAACGAAAACCACAACUCUACCGACUUCGACUACAAUAAAAACGACUACUUCAAAGCCAACGACUCCAACAACGCCAAAGAAGACAACAGUCUCAACAACUCAAACUACAACGAAAAAGGCAACAACUCCAACAACUCCUAAAAAGACAACUACUAUAAUUUCUACAACUCGUACAACAACAAAACGACCAACUACAACGAAAAAGCCAACUACAACAAGUAUAAGAACGACUACCUUUAAAUUAUCGACAACUCGUAUAACUCAAACAACAAAAUUAUCAACGAAGCCGAUAGAUCAGGUACAGCCAACUAAUAGAAAAGGUUUAUCAAGUGGUUCAAAAGCAGCUAUAGCAAUUGGAGUUAUCAUCUGCUUAGUCCUUAUUGUAAUUAUAAUUUUAGCAAUAAUUCGCUUUAAACCAGAAGUUGGUGAGAAUCUGAAUAGAAAAUGGCAGAACUUGAAGAAUUAUAGCCGAAGUGACGGAACAACUCCAAUUAGAAAUAGUACACAAGAUUUUACUGAAGAUAGUAGUUUGUCAGUUAGUAAUGACUUUAUUAAUCCAGUAUAUAAAGCCAAUAAGCCUGAAGGAGAGGCUAUUCAUCUUCCAGAUAUAAAAAUGUCGGCAACAAAAAGUGAGACUGGAGGCGCUUCAUCAAAGGCGUACUCGGAAGAAUAG